AUGGCUCCUAACGAUCCUAAAAAUGGCGGCGGCAGUGGUUUCUUCGCUUCUCUUGCUUCCUCGAUCUCUAAUUUGGGAUCCGCCAUGACCAAAUCAGUUAACGGUUUGGUUGGCUAUGAGGGACUGGAAGUUAUUAAUCCCGAAGGAAGUACAGAUGAUGCAGCAGAGGAAGCAAACAAAGGAAGAUGGAAGCAAGAGGAUCGCGAUGGAUAUUGGAAGAUGAUGCAGAAGUACAUAGGAUCUGAUGUCACAUCAAUGGUGACCCUUCCUGUGAUUAUUUUCGAACCAAUGACAAUGCUCCAGAAAAUGGCGGAGUUGAUGGAAUAUUCGCAUCUACUAGACAUGGCAGACAAAACUGAGGACCCUUAUAUGCGAAUGGUGUAUGCGUCAUCAUGGGCUAUAUCCGUGUACUAUGCUUUCCAACGUACCUGGAAACCGUUCAAUCCAAUCCUCGGUGAAACUUAUGAGAUGGCUAAUUACAAUGGUGUUAACUUCAUAUCUGAACAGGUCAGCCAUCACCCGCCAAUGAGUGCUGGUCACGCUGAAAAUGAGCAUUUCACUUAUGAUUGUACUUCAAAACUGAAAACAAAGUUUCUCGGCAAUUCCAUUGACGUUUACCCAGUAGGAAGGACACGGGUGACACUGAAAAGAGAUGGUGUUGUUCUUGACUUGGUGCCUCCUCUCACCAAAGUUCACAACCUGAUUUUUGGACGGACUUGGGUUGAUUCACCUGGAGAAAUGAUCAUGACGAACCUUACUACUGGUGACAAAGUUGUGCUUUACUUUCAACCAUGUGGCUGGUUUGGAUCUGGUCGAUAUGAAGUGGACGGAUAUGUCUAUAAUGCCUCUGAGGAGCCCAAGAUCCUCAUGACCGGUAAAUGGAACGAGUUCAUGAGUUAUCAGCAGUGUGACGGUGAAGGCGAACCUCUCCCGGGCACCGAACUGAAAGAGGUCUGGAGACUCGCUGAUGUUCCAAAGGAUGACAAAUACCAAUACACACACUUUGCUCACAAGAUCAAUAGCUUUGACACUGCCCCAAAAAAGCUGUUGCCAUCUGAUUCACGGUUACGCCCUGAUAGAUACGCACUCGAGAUGGGCGACAUGUCCAAAUCCGGCUAUGAGAAGAGCAGCAUGGAAGAGAGACAGAGAGCCGAAAAGAGGACCCGCGAAGAGAAAGGCCAAAGCUUUACCCCAAAAUGGUUUGAUAUAACCGAAGAAGUCACUCCUACACCAUGGGGAGAUCUCGAAGUUUACCAAUUCAACGGAAAAUACUUGGAACACAGGGAAGUCGCGGAUAGCUCUGAAGAUAACACCGAUCCCAAGUCGAUCGAAUUCAACCCAUGGCAAUUCCAAGAUCUUUCUGCGUGA